AUGGGUUUAAUACAUUGGACCUUAAUUAAACGUUUUUCCGUGUUAUUCUUUAUCUUGAUUUUUCUAACCACUCACGAACACCAAAACGUCACGUUCGUUCACACCUUUUGCUUCAACGAAGGACGCAACUUCACAUCCAACACUUCGUAUUCCAUUAAUCUAAACCGUUUGGUCUCUUCACUCCCCGAUCUAACUCCAACCAUCAACGGCUUCUACGACAUCUCCAUCGAUUGCAAAGUCAACGCCAUAGCUUUAUGCAGAGGAGAUCUCAAACCAAAUCAAGAUUGCAUCAAUUGCAUAACAAGAGCCAAACAGAACCUAGAAAGCUGUCCAAACAUCGUGGAAGCUGAUAUAUGGCUUGAAAAAUGCAUGCUUCGUUACACAAGUCGAACCAUAUUAGGUGAAAUGGAGCCAGUUCCCUUUUAUCACAUAUUAAGCAACGUUAGCGUGACGUACAAGGAAGGUUUCAGCAAGGGUUUAGGUGAACUAUGGGAUUCAUUAGGGUCAAAAAUAGUGGAUGCGUAUGAGAUCAAAGAGGCUAAGUUUGCAGCAGGAGUGAAAGGAACAAUCUAUGCCUUGGCUCAGUGUACACCAGAUUUGUCUAAAUCAGAUUGUAGAAUCUGUCUUUCUCAGAUCUUAGCUGGGGUUCCUACUUGUUGUGAUGGCAAGUCAGGUGUGAAUCCAAGUUGCUAGUUUAGGUUUGAAGAGCAUGUGUUUUUCGAUCUUUCGGUUGUUUCAGAAGAGAAACCACCUCUUUCUCCACCUAACAAUGACACCAAAAGAAGUGAUCAAGGUAACACAAUAAACGGUUCUAAAACUCUGGUAUUUGCCGUGAUUCCCAUUGUGACAAUUGUCUUAGUUCUUAUCUCUUCUCUCUUUAUCCACUUAAUGAGGAGGAAGAAAAAUCUAAAGGAAGAAGCUGAAAAUGAGAUUGAGAGUACAUACUCAUUGCAUUUUGAUUUUGACACCAUACGAGUAGCAAAAGAUGAUUUCUCUUUAAUGAAUAAGAUUGGUGAAGGCGGUUUUGGGGCUGUCUACAAGGUUGAUUCAUCUUUACUAUUCUUCAUUGCUCUGUUUCCAAUCUCCAUAUUAACAAAGCGGCAUUGCCUUGUCCUCAUCAUAGGAAUCUCCCGGGGGUUGCUUUACCUUCACCAAGGCACAGAGUUUUCGAUAAUUCACCGUGUUCUCAAAUCCUCCAAUGUGCAUUUAGAGGAACAAAUGCAUCCUGGAAUGGCAAGACAAUUUGAUUUUUAUAAGACUCAAGCAACAACAAAAAGAGUUGUUGGAACUUAUGGAUAUAUGGCUCCAGAGUAUGCAAUGCAUGGUAGAUUCUCUGCCAAAACAGAUGUUUACAGCUUUUGAUUUCUUGUUCUAGAGAUCAUUACAGGUAAAAGAAACAGUGGAUUAGGUUUUAGUGAAGACACAGAUCUCCCAACUUUCGCAUGGAAAAAUUUUGAAGGAACAGCAGUGGACCUAAUAGUUCAUGUUCUUUUGAAAUCUUACUCUAAGGAACAAUCAAUGCAAUGCCUAGAAAUUGCUUUCUCUUGUGUUCAAGAAAAUCCUACAAAAAGACCAACAAUGGAUUCAGUUGUUUCCAUGCUUAGCUCUGAUUCUGAGCCUCUCCGACUCCCAAAGCCAUCACAGCCUGGUUUCUUCAGAAGAUCAAUGUCGUUUUCGGUUUCUGUUAAUGAUGUUUCUCUCACAGAUUUGUCUGGACGUUAAGAGUUGAUUUGAAAGAAUUUCAGUGACAACUUUUUAUACAGCAAGAUCCAAUGAAUGUGUAAUAACUUGUGCGUUAGUGCACCUUUUUUAAGAUGCUAUAAUGUUAUAAAAUUGUCUACACGUUAAUUGUUGAUUGUAUAGAUAGAUUGUUAUCAAGGAAUAGAGACCGGUGGUGGUAUUGGAAGUUAAGUCCACCGUUUCUCUAUCUUAGAAACCGCUGAUUGAGAUAGGUCACAAGGUGAUCAAUUGUUUACUUUCUUGUUUUUUUGCAGAUAGGUCACAAUGUGAUCAUAGAAAACUGUUGCUUGCUUUGUGGUCAAGUCGGCAUCGCUGGUUCAGUAACAUACAAAAUCUGAACCCUUUUUGGUUCCAGUGAAAGAGACAAUUGUAAGACUCAAAAAGUCAAAAACAUAUUCCGUAGAUUUGGUUACUAUGUACCUUUGGGAGGACGUGAUGCUGUUAGAGAUCAUGUCUCCAUUGUAUCCAUGGUACUAAGAGGUUUUCACCGGUUUAAAAAAAAGAGGUUCUUGGUGUUGUUAUGUUCACGUAAACCGCUUUUUGUGGUUUGGUUCGAACAAGAGGAAACCUGAAUCAUGAAUCAGAGGUAAUAAAACUGAGUACAUGCAAAUAUGCAAUGUAAUUUGAUCAGGGUUUCCGUUUGUUUUGUAUGAUGAUUACAUUUACAAUCAGACGUAUAUCAAUGUAAGAACACAAAGCUUAAAGCCAAAUAAACAACUAUCGAGUUAAGAUUUGGUGUGAAUUAUGUACUGAUUUUCAUAUUGAGGAUGUAUAUAAUACAAGUGAAAACUGUAGCUAAAGACAUAAUCCAACGGUCGAUAUACUGAAUUGCUUUUGCCAUAUGAACAUCUUAAUUUAUUUUCAGAAAAAGAAAGGACAGUGAAAAGAGAAGACAGAAAUGUAGUUUUGUUUGGAAUGUCUUCGAUGAAGGACUUAUUUUGUUUUUUACGUUAAGACCAACUUAACUGGUUUAAAACUUCAAAGUUUAAAAGUACAACAAGAUGUGAAUUAUUGAGACUAUAUAUUAUAAUCGUGUGUCUCUCUCUCUAUGUAUGAAGUUAGAUAUUUAUUUUUAUUGGGUAGUAUUAUUAGUAUGGGACUAUGGGUAAUGGGUGCGUUGCAUGUAUUCAAAAUUUCAAAUGUAUUUUAGCGAGACAGCUUCUCUGGCUGCAAUUCAUUAGUAUGACACUCUCUUAAGCCUUAAUCAAUCAAAUGCUUUUUCUUCUAUUUUCUCUAAUCUUCUUCCGUAUAUUUGCGGUCCACCAUGUUUUUUUUUUCCUUUUCUUGCAUGGUUUUAUGGUAGUCACUAGUACUAUUUUUUUCUGAUGGUCAGUCCAAAAACUAAUAAUCUAAGGUAGAGAAGCUCAAAUUGUAUAACUCGAACCCAAAAGAAAAUAAUCUAUUUUUUUCUUUUCAAGUGAGUCUUGGGUUAGUGAUGCUUUCUAGGACAAAUGUUAUAUUUCCUAGGACCCCUAAUCGAAAAUCUGAUAUUACUAUAGUUGGAUAGAACCACUUCAAGAUAUUAAAUCAGUUUGAACAACAUUUAUAGCAACCUUGAUGAAAUGCGGAUUGAAAAGCUCUAGUUUAGUGGAUACACCAAUAUUUAGGCUUUGUUUCUUAAGCAUAAGCAUUUUUAUCAAAUUCGAAUAAACACACAAUAUGAAUUCAUGAUUGUGAUUACUUAUGAUUAAAAUUUAUCUUACUGAAAGUAACUAAACCAGUUCCUCUGUAAACUAUAUAAUUAAGAAACUGAAUUUUUUAUUUAUUAUAAGAAUACAUGUAUCUUGUAGUAUUUUGCAGUCAUUUUCAGCUUUGGGUUUCUGUCAGGUCAUCUUAGUUUUGAUUAAAGCUGGAACAUACAAAGCUCGGAUGCAUCCUAGUUUUUCUACUGAAAUAAUAAGACGAAUCAAAACAAUACGUAAAAAUGCAAGCAACGUAUAGAAUAGACAGCGUAUAAAGUAUAAAGAUGUAGACUACAUAUUUUUGAAAAGAGUUAACAUGAUGUUACCUAAUAACUAAAUGUGUUAAAUCAAGUUUGAAACAUUUUAUACACACUUAGUUAUUAAGUAACAUUAUAUGAACCAAUUGACUUCUACGUUCUUCUUCUAUUUUCUAUAUAACAUGUUCUAACAAAAAAAAUCAUCAACGUUUUAUCAUGAGACUCGAAAUUAAACUGAUAAAAUCAUUUCAAAUAAGUCACACCUUUUACUUGUAUUCAAAGUGUUUCAUAAAUGAUUGCGGUUACAGCUUACAAUCAACCGCUUUUCAAA